AUGGCGCUGCGACUCGAUACUAACGCGGCCAAUGCCGUCAAGGCCGUCGACCCGACCAACCGGAGCCAAGAUAAGGACGGCAUUUCGACGACCUCCGUUGUUGCCGAGGCCGAUCCCAAGCCGGAGCCCCCACAGCAACCUGAAGUUGCCGGAUGGUUCCACUGGCACGAACCCGGCACAUCGCCGGAAGAGAAGAGGUUGAUCUUUAAACUGGAUUGGUUUCUACUCUCAUUCAGUUGCCUCAUGUUCUUCAUUAAACAGCUCGACCAAAACAACAUUUCCAAUGCCUAUGUAUCGGGCAUGUCGGAAGAGCUCGGCUUCGGCCCCGGUAACGAGCUCUCCUGGAUGAACACGUACUUCAACAUUGGCACCAUCAUCGGCGGCUCUUUCGCCAAUCUGAUCAUCACGAUUGUCCGACCGCGCUUCUGGCUGACCGGGUGCCUCUGUGUUUGGUCGCUCUUUGUGCUGUUCCUGUUCAAGUGCCAGACCGCCACUCAGUUUUACGUCCUACGUUUCUUUAUAGGGCUUUUCGAGUCUGCUGCCUGGCCUGGCGUCAUGUAUGUGCUCGGCUCGUGGUACCGCAGGAGCGAGCUGUCUCGUCGUUCCGGCCUCUUCGUCAUGAGCGGUGUCUUGGGUCAGAUGUUCUCCGGCUAUCUCCAGUCUGCGCUGUAUUCCGGCAUGGGCGGAAAGGGUGGCCUGUCGGCAUGGCGAUGGCUCUUCAUCUUUGACUUCAUUCUUGCCAUCCCCGUGGUGAUCUACGGCGUGAUUUGUUUCCCCGACACCCCUCACACGACAAAGGCCUUCUACUUCAGCGACUGGGAAAAGCAGCGCGCCCGCGAACGCAUCGAAGAAGAGGGUCGCAAACCCGUCGGCAAGAUGAACUGGUCCGUCAUCAGCCGCGUCUUUGGCUCGUGGCAGGUCUACGCAUUUACGGCAGCCUACUCCUUCUGGACCCUGACCUGCGGCUCCUACAUCAUCCAAUACUUCACUCUGUACCUCAAAUCGACAAAGUUGUACACCGUCCCGGAGAUCAACAACAUCCCCACCUGCGUCGGCGCCAUCAACUUCGUCUUCAUGGUCUCCACAGGCUUCGUCUCCGACAAGAUUGGCGGCCGCGGACCCGUCUGUUUCGCCGUCGGGUGCCUGCUCACGUUCGUCUACGCCGUCCUCGCGGUGUGGAGCGUGCCGCAUAUGCUGCGUAUGGCCGUGUUCAUCCUUGCGGGUUGUUACGGUUGCUACACGCCUUUGCUGGCUGGCUGGGCGAACGAGGCCUGCGGCGGCGAUCAGCAGAAGCGUGCUUUUGUGCUCGGCUUCAUGGUUUCGGUCGGACAGGCUGUGGUGAUUCCCUUUCAACAGCUGCAGAUGCCGAGCGGACAGGCCCCAGCUUUUGCAAAGACCCAUGGGUGGGAGAGCGCGCUUGCAUUCGUGGUGGCGUUGACUGUCUGGACCGGCAUCGGACUGCCGCUGCUUCAGAAGUGGAGGGAAUCUCGAGUGAAGGUCAGUACUCACGAAAGUGAUACUGAUGAGUUUUAA